GAAAAUGGAGAGGUGGGGAAGAGCCGGGUGCACACAGGGGUAGUUUGGACAAGUGUGUAUAUGUUUAGAGGCAGCUAUAAAAGUCUUAUUGUGUUCUCCAUUACUCCACUUGUUCACCUUACCCUUCAUCUUCAGACCUCCUGUCUUCUCCUGUCUCCAUCCAUCUCCUUUCCUCUUUCUUUCUUUUUUUUCUUUGCAGCAUCCAUCUGUUCAUUCAGCUGGCAGAAUGGUAAUGACUGAUCUCUUAAAGCCAGAGGAGAUCAAGAAAGCUCUUGAUGCCUUUGCAGCGGAAACCUUUGACCCUAAGAAGUUCUUUGAGAUGGUGGGAAUGAAGGCCAUGUCAGCUGAAAAUGUCAAGAAAGUCUUCCAGGUUCUGGACGUGGAUGGAAGCGGAUUCAUAGAGGAAGAGGAACUCAAGUUUGUACUGAAGGGAUUCUCAAACGAAGGCAGGGAUCUGACGGAUGCCGAGACAAAAGCAUUCCUCACAGCUGCAGACAAAGAUGGCGAUGGCAAAAUUGGCAUUGAUGAGUUUGAGACCUUGGUUCAUGAGUAGGGGGAGAGCUGAGACUCCCCUUCAUCCUCCGUCUCUUCGUUCCCGCAUUUGUAAACGCCCCACCUUCCUACUCUUCCCACCUCCCUCUGGACCCCACUUUUUGGAGUCGGACCAGGCCUGUUCUCUUCCAAACAACAGUAACAGGCCCACUGGGAGUCACAAUGAAGAGAAUCAUACCGGCAGUGCAUCAGUUUCAUUAAUCCAUUUU